GAGGCUCCAUAGCAGUAAAGUAAGUUCAAGGUUAGAAAUCUGAAGCAAUGGGCGACUGGAGCUUUCUGGGGAGACUGUUAGAGAACGCGCAGGAGCACUCCACGGUUAUUGGCAAGGUUUGGCUGACGGUACUGUUUAUCUUCAGGAUCCUGGUGCUAGGGGCUGCUGCUGAGGAGGUCUGGGGAGACGAGCAGUCGGACUUUACGUGCAACACUCAGCAACCUGGUUGCGAAAAUGUUUGCUAUGACAAAGCCUUCCCCAUUUCUCACAUCCGCUUCUGGGUGCUGCAGAUCAUUUUUGUCUCCACUCCGACCCUCAUCUACCUGGGCCAUGUCCUGCACAUUGUACGCAUGGAGGAGAAGAGGAAAGAGAAAGAGGAGCUGAAAAAGAAGGGAAACAGCAAAGAUGGCAACUACCCAGUAGCAGCAGCAUCUGGCAGCGGUGGUGGAGGAGGCAGCAAUAACGUCAAAGAUCAAUCUAUUGUCAAAAGGGGGAAGGAGAAGCUCCCAAUCCGUGACGAACGUGGUAGAAUCCGUAUGGGGGGUGCCUUGCUCCGUACCUAUGUCUUCAAUAUCAUAUUCAAGACACUGUUCGAGGUGGGCUUCAUUGUGGGCCAGUACUUCCUAUAUGGCUUCGAGCUAAAGCCAGUCUACCAGUGCAGCCGCUCACCUUGUCCACACACUGUGGACUGCUUCAUCUCGAGGCCCACUGAGAAAACAAUCUUCAUCAUCUUCAUGUUGGUGGUGGCCUCAGUCUCCCUGCUGCUGAACAUGCUUGAGAUAUAUCACUUGGGGUGGAAGAAGCUUAAGCAGGGCAUGACGAGCCAGUACAUCCUAGAGAUGCCUGUGGCAACAAUGACACCAGUUAUGGUAACAGGGGAGUCCAAACCUGUUUCCCUGCCGCCGCCAGCACUACCAGUGGUGGUCACCACUGCCACACCGGCCCCUGUUCUGCCUGACACCCGCGCUGUCACACCGCUGCUGGCCCCAGUGACCAUGGCAUCGUACUAUGCUACAGCUGCUCCAAGACCACGGCCCCCCUCCAACACGACGUCCAUGGCAAGCUGCCCUACUGCUCCACAAGUUCCUGAGGAGAGGCACCAUGCUGUGACUCCCACGCCCAUCUCGACUCCCGUCACCAUCCCGACCCCCAUCCCCACGCCCACGCCGGCCGUCAUCAACUACUUCAACAGCAGCAGCCGUGCCCUGACAUCCGAGCAGAACUGGGUCAACGUGGCAGCUGAGCACCAGGGGAAGGUUUCCUCCAGCUCAGCAGGCUCCUCUACCCCCAGCAGCAUCCGGCAUCCCCUUCCUGAGCAGGAAGAGCCACCGGAGCAGCUACUCCCACCCCCGGCUGUGCUGCCCAUUGCCGCAGCCAACAGCGGCAGCAGCACCAGCCUGAGCGGGGCGAGCGGCAGCAAGUGGGAUGUGGAGGGCGAGGUGGAGCUGUCGAGGGCACGGCCCGUCUCGGCGGCCUGCACCACGGUGGAGAUGCACGAGCCACCGCUGCUCGUAGACGCGCGGCGCCUGAGCAGGGCCAGUAAGUCGAGCAGCUGCAGAGCCCGGUCAGAUGACCUGGCCGUGUAG